UCAGUUUGCGGGUGUGGUUUAGAGCACAGAGCUCUUUAAAAGGAGCUGCAGCAAAUGACCUGAACUUUGUCUUCACUUCAGCUGCAGCAUCUACUCUGUGCUUUUUAAGACAAACAUGGACAGCAACUUUUACAACCCAAAUAUGCCUGGCAGCUUUUACAACCCAAACAUGAAGGGCAACUUUGGAUGUGACAGGACAAAUAAGGAGGAGCUGAGGAUAGUGAUGGUUGGGAAGACUGGAAUUGGGAAGAGUGCCACUGGAAACACCAUUCUGGGACGACAAUGCUUUGAAUCAAAGUUCAGUGCAAAAUCUAUGACUGUAGACUGUGAUAAGGGCAAAGCUGUGGUGGAUGGGCAAAAGGUUGCUGUUAUCGACACCCCAGGCCUGUUCGACACCAGAUUUGGCAUGGACAAAACGGCUCAAGAUAUAUGCCAGUGCAUCUCUUAUGCUUCUCCUGGACCCCAUAUAUUCCUGGUUGUCAUCAGGCUGGGCAGAUACACUGAAGAGGAAAAGCAGACGGUGCAAAAGAUUCAAGAAAUCUUUGGCCAGGCAGCAGAUAGAUAUAGCAUGGUUCUCUUCACUGGUGGUGACCUUCUUCAAGGCACCACUAUUGAGGCAUUCUUGGAAGAUUGUUCAGAUCUGCAGGAACUCAUGGGCAGAUGUAACGGCCAGUACCAUGUCUUCAAUAAUAAUGCAAAGGAUCACACUCAGGUCACUGAGCUGCUCCAGAAGAUCAGAUGUAUAGUCCAGAAGAACGGAGGAAGCCACUACACCAAUGAGAUGUUCCAAGAGGCAGAGAGGGCAAUCGAAGAGGAGAAACAACGCAUCCUGAAAGAGAAAGAGGAACAGAUACAAAAAGAGAGGGAGGAACUGGAGAGGAAACUUCAGGAAAAAUAUGAAAAAGAGAUAAAUAAAAUCCAGAACCAACUCCAGGCUGAGAGAGAGAGGGAGAGGAAAGACAGAGAGGAAGAGAGGAGAAGGGAGAAGCAGGAGAUGAAUGAAGAGAGAAAACGGGACAGAGAGGAGAGAGAAGCAGAGAGAAAGAAAGAGAGAGAGGAGAAAGAAAGGGAGAUGACAAAAGUGAUGAAUAAAUUGGAAAAACAGCAUAAGAAAGAGCUGAAAGAGGAAAGAGACAAAUUGCAGACCAGGUAUGAAGAUGAGGCCAGAGAUGAAGCUGAGGAGUUUAAUCCCUUAUAUCCUCUGGUACAAGCUGGUGAACUAGCUGUUAAAGCUGGCAAACAAAUUGUUGGAGGAAUUAAACAACUGGGGAGGUCAAUCGGGAAAUUGUUCAAAUUCUGAGUGGUCCUAAAUUACAGCAGUUUACCCACAGGAGACCCAAGAAGAUUCUACACACAAAGAAGAAAUGAUCAAAUAUAUACAUGAAAAUGUCUUUUAUCUACAGGAUUAUCUUCACUUCUAUUAUCUUUUUUUCCAUUAGUCUCACAUUGCUGUCUUGUAGUGGUUUUGCAUGAUUUCUUGAAUAUAGCAUAAGGGGGUAUUUAGAGUGUCUGUUAACUGAGGCAUAUCAUUAAUACUUUUGGGAUCAUAACUCAAUUAAAUGACCCUUACUAUAUUAAGUUUUCCACUGCUGUUUGUUUUCUGCAGACUUAUCAUUUAGCCUCGCUUUUGUUAUUUGAUUUUGUGUUCUUGUCAUCAAAGAAUUAUUUUCACGGCUUAUGUUGAUGUUACCUUUCAAGAACAAAUGUGUAUUUGUGUGCUGAACUGAAAUGGAAAUAAAUAGGUGAUAUUACCACUAAACCUUUGUGAAAAUAAUAAUAAACUGUCCAAUCAAGAAUUCAAA